CCAGUUUGAAUUGGACCUGUAAUCCUCAUGGUGAGCAGCACCUCCCACUCCCAGAAUUCAAACAGCUCCCCGUCGCCUCUGCACCUCAGCACUGGCAUCGUCGGCUUCCUCGCCCGCCGUGCCGCCAUGACGCGCCAACCAUCAUCCUUCCAGUUCCACCAGCCCCGCGUGGCAGUGCCACCGCUCGACUCGCCAGGCUCCUCCGUCGACUCCUCCGCGCCGACGUGGGUCCAGCAACAGCAGCGCGCGCCGCCCGCCCCCGUGCUCGCAUUCGACGGCAACGACACCGACGAGAUGGCGCUGCUGGACAUGAUCACCCGGCAGGUGCAGGGGCAGGGGCAGGAGGGGGCGACGUCGAAGCAGGAAGAAGCAGAAAGGUCCUUGGGGGCUGGCGGCGGGCGGCCCUACCGCGGGGUGCGCAAGCGUCCGUGGGGCAAGUUCGCGGCGGAGAUCCGGGACUCCACGCGCAACGGCGUGCGCGUGUGGCUGGGCACCUUCGACAGCGCCGAGGCGGCGGCGUUGGCGUACGACCAGGCGGCGUUCGCCAUGCGUGGCGAGGCCGCCGUGCUCAACUUCCCCGUGGAGCGGGUCCGCCAGUCCCUGGAAGGGAUGGGGAUGGGGAUGGGCAUGCCCAUCCCUGGCUCUGGCUCUGCCUCUGCCUCGCCCGUGGUGGCGCUCAAGCGGCGGCAUUCCAUGCGGAUGCGGCGGCCAGCCAGCCGGAACCGCAAGGCCAAGACGGCGACAAGAAGCGAAGUCAUGGAGCUGGAAGACCUCGGAGCAGACUACCUGGAGGAGCUGCUGGGAGCCACCGCCACCGAGGCAGAGGAGCAGACCAUGUCCCACUCCUCCUCGUCGUCCUGGCACCGGAGCCACCACUCCAUCUGAACCUCUGCCUAGGCAGAGGCACGCACAAGUCAAGAACGCAUCUUGUUUGUUUGAAGGAUUUAGAGUAGAUUCUAGUAAGGUUGGUCUUGUUUGAGUUUGAGGUUACAUGUUUUCAGCCAUUCUUGCUUAUGCACGUUCCUUUCUCCAAGGAGAAGCACUAACUUACUCCUGUACAGAAAAAAAAAAACAUGCUCACGAAGAGUCCUGGAUGGAGUUCAUGGACAAGAAUAAUGAUGUUAGACAGGGCACUGAACCAUGUAUCAUAAUUCAUAACUUGACUUUUUUCAGGUGGUC